AUGCAUGAAAGUUCUAAUGGAUUCAUGCUUAAUCAUGAUGAACAAACACGUUCUUAUACGGGUAUGAAUAGUGUUAUUCUAUCACAACAAGCAAGUCGAUUUUGGUUACCUUUUGAUGUUAAACUUUUUGAAACACUUACACCAAGAGAAUAUUUGGAAAAAUAUUGUCGAGUGAAUAAUCGUCGACAUGCAUUGUACAAACGUAUUUUUGACAAACAUAAAGAUAGUGAAGGAGAACUAAGUGUUAAGGCUCUUCCAGAUGCUUUAUUGGAUUCAUAUAUGCGUACAAUUGAUUCUCAUUUUAUUUCACAAGUAAUUGGCCUUCUUGAUUUAUCAUCAAAUGCAAAAAUAACUUUUGCACAAUUUGAAGGUAUUGCUGCAUUUUCUGAACGAUAUUUUUUUAAUAUUUUUACUCGACAAGAUAAUAUGGAACCACAAUUACAAAAAGAAAUUUUAGAAAAACUUGAUUUUUCUUCAUUAAAAUGGAAAUUAGUUGGUGUAAAUAUUUCAUCGUCAUUGCGACAAAUUCUACGACUUCUUUAA